CCGGGGCAAAAACCCCUCCACCGUCGACCCCCCCCCGUCUCCGUUCACGUCAUUUCGUCGAACACCUUGCAUGCCUCAUUUCCAUCCACGCUGAAAAAUGCCCGUCGCCUACAAUCUCCCUCCAUUCCCGAUCGCGGCCUGCUCUUCCUUCCGGGCUUCGUCCGGCUCCGAGCUCUCGGGCGCGAAGUUCUCCGGAACCCAGCUCGGCCACAGCUUUCGUCCUCCUCCCGCUCGCAAGGGGCGGCGGAGCCGCGGCGCCGCCAUCCGCGCCGCGAGGAAGGACUACUACUCGACGCUGGGCGUCGGCCGCAACGCCACCUUGCACGAGAUCAAGAGCUCGUACCGCAAGCUCGCCCGUAAGUACCAUCCGGACAUGAACAAGGGACCUGGGGCGGAAGACAAGUUUAAGGAGAUAAGCGCUGCGUACGAGGUCCUAUCAGAUGAACAGAAAAGAUCUAUGUAUGAUCAGUUUGGAGAGGCGGGUUUACAAGGCGAAUAUGAUGGUUCAGGUGGUGGUUCACAGGGGGUGGAUCCAUUCGAAGUCUUUGGUGCAUUUUUUGGUGGACCAGAGGAGCUUUUUGGAGACAGGGGUGAACAAGGGGGCCUGAACUUCAAUUUAGGAAGUGGAGGAAGACAUGCGCUUGAUAUACGGUAUGAUCUGUUCCUGAGCUUUGAAGAAUCAAUUUUUGGAGGUCAGAGGGAAAUUGAAGUUUCGUCUUCUGAAGUGUGUGAUCAAUGUGGUGGAACAGGUGCUAAAUCCAGUACCUGCAUUAAGCAAUGUGAUGCCUGUGGAGGCAGAGGUGGGAUCAUGAAAACUCAGAGGACUCCUUUUGGUAUGAUGUCUCAGGUGUCUACUUGCUCCAAAUGUAGUGGUGAUGGUAAGAUGGUAACUGACAAUUGCCGGAGGUGUGGUGGUAGUGGCAAGAUAAUGUCAAAGAGAAAUAUUAGUAUCGUCAUCCCACCUGGAGUUAAUGAAGGAUCCAGAAUGCGAAUGCCAAAGGAGGGAAACUUCGAUAAAAAACGUGGUUUAACUGGUGAUCUUGUCAUAGACCUCCAUGUAGAUGAAAAGCAGGGAAUCAAAAGAGAUGGCAUAAAUCUCUUUUCAAAAAUCAAUGUUGAUUUUACUGCUGCAAUACUCGGAACAGUAUUAAAGGUUGAUACCGUUGCUGGUCUGAAGGAGCUUCAAAUACCUUCUGGAAUUCAGCCUGGAGAAACUGUAAAGUUACCGGGAAUGGGUGUUCCAGACAUCAACAGACCAACUUUGAGAGGUGAUCAUCAGUUCAUUGUCAAUGUUCUGAUCCCCAAAGAUCUUAGCGAUGCGGAGCGGGAACUUGUGAAGAAAUUAGCCUCACUCAGGGCCAAAUGCCAUCCAACUUCUGUUGGCAGCAGUGGUUCAGAGGGCAAGUUUGAGAAUCAGAAAACUAGGGGCAGUAGUACAGACUCGUCCAGUGAGGGAAGCAAUGCUUCAUCCUUCUGGAACUCAAUAAAGGACUUUUUCGGGCAGAGGCAGUCUCGAGAGCGGUUCGCGUCAGUUAGUUUGGACAUAUCAGCAGCAUUGCCGUCUAACAAGCCAGAUCCCUCAUUCAUGAUUUCAGUGUCCUUAGCUCUAAUAGUAACUUUUAUAUUCACUUGUCUAGGGAAAUCUGAUUGCUGCUUGUUAUCGCAAAAAAGAAACAGAACCCGCUGUGACAGCAGCAGAAUCAGAGGAUAGCAGCAUCAAAAGGAUUUUUCCAGGAAGUACAUAGUUUACAUUUUUCGUUUUCCCUAAAUACUUUUACCUAUCAUGGAAAAGUGGGAAAUUGGUUAUCCAUGCGCGGUGGGUACACGUGGAUUAAUUACGCCGGGGAAGAUAUCCCAAUCAUCAGUAGUUAUUAGUUCAUUCUUCUCCUCUUCGUCUUUUUUGGCAAUUUUAAUUCAGUCUUUUUCCCUGGAAAAGAAUUUGGAUUCGCUUCUUGAUUCUUAGUACUCUUUUGCAACACCAUAACUGUGAUAUCCCCAUGGAUUGGCUUUUUGUUACUCUUGUCAUGGGUAUGUUCAAUAAAUUAGGUGACCUCAAUUGACUGUUGCA